AGAGCUAAACAUGUACAAUAUUUUUUGUGAAUGACGAUAACAUUUGACUAUGAGAGGAAUGGUUAAAAAAUGGGUUCCUCCAGGUUGUAUUCCAAAGGGAAUAAGCGAAGAAGAUGUGAGAAAAGCUUCUUUAAAUGGUUGGAAUUUAAUAGAUGUUGAUCCUGAUAAAGGUACAUUUGUGGUAAUUCUUGUCAAAACUAAGCAAGACAAAACCUUUGGACUCACUAUAUCAGGUGGGAAUGACAAAAGCAGACAUCCAUAUAUUUCAAAUCUAAAAGCUAAUGGCCUGGCAGACAGAUCAGAAUUGUUUUGUGUAGAUGACAAAAUCAUUGCAAUUAGUGAUAAUGAUAUUUCUAAUCUAAAUCAUGAUGAAAUCAUUAAAAUCGUUCAUGACACAGGGUUAUCUUUAAAGUUAGAGAUCCAGUACAAGGUUUCGAAGAAAGUUGGAGAUAGAUGGAAAUGGAAGAAUUCCAAUUUUUUUUUGCAUAGAGAAAGGAACGGUUUUUGUUUUGAUGUUAAAGGUGGAGUCACUAAAGAUAAAUUAUUACACCGUCCAGUGAUUGUCUCAAAUAUUGCAGUAGACAGUAAUCUUGAAAAUUUAGGGAUUAUAUUCGCUGGCGAUGAAAUCCUCUCCAUUAAUGGACAAUCUGUCAAUGACUUACAUUCUUCAAAAAUAAAGCAACUAAUCAACCAAUCAGGUCAGGAGCUUGAAUUGGAAGUUAAAUAUCCAACCGGUCAAAAAGAAUGUCAAAUAACCUCUGGAAAUAGUUUUGUUGUACAAAUCAAUCGUGAAAAUAAUCGAAUCGACAUUGGCAUUACAUUAAGUGUUUCAUUUGAAUAUGAAUGUGAUGGCAGCAUCCUUGUUAUUUCCGAGAUACGGGAAGGUAGUCUCGCUGACAGAACUGAUCUUCUUGCAGUUGGUCAUCUAAUACUAUCCAUAAACAACAUCUCAUUGGAUGGCAUAUCUUUACCACAAGCCAACCAAAUGUUGUGGAAUUCACCUGAUACUGUGCUUAUUGAGGUGAUGGGUGAUGCACCAUGCGAUAUCUAUACGGGAGUUGAAGCGGAUUUAAUGGUAAAACCUUCAGAUUAUAGACAUCACGUGGAUUCUCCUAAUACCACCUAUGGUAAUGACUAUGGUAAUCUCCAUGAAGGCGUCACUAAUACUUCGACAAGAUCUUUUGUUAGAACUAUGAAUCAAAAUAAUAGUUUCUGCUUUAAUACAUUGCCUGCACGACCUUAUCCCUAUCUUCAAAGGCAUUCCAAUGCUGUACCAAAUGGUAGCAUCAGAGGCUUUCCCAGUCAAAUGAAUAGUUGCAAUCGAUCUGCUACGUUAAACAGAAUGUCACUGCGCUCACGUAGAUCUUCACAGCAUUCUAGUAGUUUGUGUAACAGUUAUGGUCAAUCAAGAACUCUCCGUAAUGGUUCAGUUCAGUCUUUUAGUCCCAGUUUUGUGAGCAGUGCACAUGUGAAUGUGUUGUGUCGGUACGAGGUGUGCGAAGUGGUCCUAUUUGAUAAAGAUUUAGGCGUCGAGGUGCAAGAUGUUGGGUAUGGUUUAGUCAUUGUCAACCUAAUCCCACAAAAAUCCUUGUUAAAAACUGGUGUAGUAAGUCCUGGUGAUCGAAUAUUAAGUAUCAAUGGAACAUCAACAGAAAAUAUGAUAGAUAUUGAUUUUUAUCAUGCAAUUGAAAAUAUAGAGCUUCCGCUUACUCUAACUGUUGAAUUCGACGUAUCAGAUUCCAUUGUUCCCAAUCAAGGAACAUUUACCAUAAAAAGUCGCAAAAAUAACAAUUCCACCGGAUUGCUGCUCACAAGUACAAUUUCUAAUGACAAGGAGGAACAGUUACGUAUACAUGAUAUAAAGAAAGGUAGUCCAGCUUACAGGUUAGGCGUGCUAGCUGCAGGUGAUCAGUUGUUGUCACUGAAUGGCGAGUGUGUGAAUCAUUACACUCCUGAAUAUGUUUAUCAACUUAUUGAAAAAUCAAAUGAUCCUAUCGAAGUCACCAUUAAGAAAGAUGAAGAAGUCGCUGGUCCGACUUUCUCUGUGGAACUUACAAGAAACGGUGAAUCGCUUGGAAUGUCAUUAUCAGGUUCAGAGCAGCCAUUUGAACCGAUUAUCAUCAGUCAUGUAUCAGAGGACGGACUCGCAUAUAGAAGUAACGCUAUCAACAUAGGUGAUCAAAUCCUAGCUAUCAAUGAAUGCACACUGCGUGGAAAGACUUUGUCACAAGCCGACGAACUUUUAAAGUCUUCGGGAAAUAAAGUGAAAUUUUUAAUUAAAAGAAAACCUGUACGGAAAGUCAAGUCUGGUGUAGAGUCACAUACUAAGCACGUAGCUGACUCUACUGCGUCCGUAUCUGAGGUAAAAAAUCUAGUUUCUGCUUACAGUUGUGAAGUUGACAGUUACAGACAAAAUGUCACCUCUACGUCGAACCAGAUUCCGAUAAGGGAUGAAUCAGAAUCAAACUCAACAGAACCACUCUCAUCCUCCUUACUGAAAGAAGCGGUAGGGAAUGUAGCUAAAAAGAAAGCAACGUCAUUUGACAGCAACUCAACGGUACCUGUAUCAUCCUCGAAGAGUGUAUCCCCCCUAAAUUUACCUGGUGAUGAUGCGAGGGUAAUUUCUACAACGAUACGUAGUGUUGAUACCACAGUGUCACCUCCAGUAUUAUUUAGUGAUGAUACAAGGGUGUCAACUCCAACGUUGUGUAGUGAUGAUACGAAGGUAUCACCUGCAAUAUCACGUAAUAAUGAUACGAGGGUAUCAGCUGCAAUGUUACGUAAUAAUGAUACGAGGGUAUCAUCUCCAACGUUAUGUAGUGAUUAUGCGAGGGCAUCACCUGCAAAGUUACCCAGUAGUGUUGUGAGGGUAUCACCUCUACGUAGUGAUGAUACGAGGAUAUUACCUCUAACGUUAUGUAGUGAUGAUAUAAGAGUAUCGCUGUCAACGUCACGUAGUGAUAACACUGUAAAGAAUAGUAACAUUAUCGAAAGGCCUGCUGUAGUGGCGCAGAAUUAUUCGCGAAUGACUGAUAAAAAUUAUUUUGUUUCUGCAGAAACAGAGGGAGAUAAAAAUAAGCAUACGCAAAGAACUUUUAAUCCUCAUUCCUUUGACACUGAAGUUUUGACCUUGAAAUCAUCCACCACGCCCUUCAGAAGGUCAAUACGGUACAAGAAACAACCCUUAGAUAAUAAUUUAAAAUUAAAAAACAGUCAAGAAAAUAAUGCUGGCCAAUUAAAAGACGAUUCCGUGUUAUUUAACCCUGCUCAAAUGCCUUUUGUGUUUAAAAGCAAAAUUGCCGAUGACGCAGUUCAAAGAAACCAAUCCGAAAAGGAUCAAGGCAUUGACAAACAGGAAAACAGCAAUAAAAAUCGCACAAGAUUGGACUCUGAUGUUGUUCUGUAUCUCGUGGAACUUCAAAAGCCACGUGAAUCCGAUGAAUUCGGUUUUAGCGUUUCGGAGAGCUCAUUAGGAAGCGGAGUUUAUAUAAAGACAAUACAAAAAGGAUCGCCAGCUGACAUGUCCAAAGCUAUUAAGAAAUACGACAGAAUCUUAAAGGUUAACGGUGUUUGCACACGUGACUUGUCGUACGACCAUGUUGUGCCCUUACUUCAACAAGGUGGUACUAAGUUGGAUCUUGUGCUGGAACGGAAAACCAUGGUGCAUGUGUCUGUUUUGUAAUUAAAAUCUUUUGGGUAAAUAUUAUAUUAGUUGAGUGUAAGUAUAUUUUCGCGAGAAUUAACUUUCGCGAAUUUUAUGGGUAUAAUUUCACAUUUUUCAAGAAAAUAUGUGCAAGUGCAACUGAAGUAAAAAACAAAUAUUUCGCUAAAAUAGAAUAAAAUUUUUCGCUGGUUUCGCGAUUUAUAGAAAUCAAAAUUACUGCUGAGCCUAACUUCUGCGAUUUAGGACAAAGAUGGCGUGAAACUUUGUCUCGCGAAACUUUGUCUCUUUCUAUAAAGUACGACCUGAAAAAGUAGUAUCCGCAAAAAAAUUGACUCGCAAAGGUCAAUGUCUUUUGCACGAUAACUGUUUACCAAAUCUUUUGCUCACUGCAGUAAGUUCAAAUUAUUAGCCUUUUUUUUUCGUUUUAUUUAUUUAAUUUUACUUUUUUACUUUUUUAGGCUUUAUAGCCCUUAUAGGCGUUUUUUUUUUAUGAAAUUGACUUUUUCUGUAUCAUUGUGUAUUUGUUUAAAAAAAUUAAAAAUUUGUAUUUAUAAAAAUAUUUUUGUCUGACUUCUUUGUUUUUAAGUAUCUUCAAUUGUAUUUUCAGAACGUUGUUUGUUGACCGUAUUUUGUAAUAUUUAUCCAGUGAAACACUUGUUGGUUUCGUAUAUACAAGUUUAUACGUAUAGUAUAUAUAACCCACAUAUUUUUAUAAAAAUAACUACUUAAAUUUAGGGACUUGAAAAUUACUCUAUCUACAGAGAUGUAGAGUCAGAGUUUUCAGACUUUCGAGUUUAUUUUAAAUUAUUCUCAUGGAAAUUUAAACCCUCGCAUAUACAAGAAAAUUGUGUUGAAAAAUCAACUCGGUAUAGAUAUUUGUUGUAAGCUGGAUCUGGAAUUGAAAUUUAAUUAAUAAAUCAUCGAAGUGCUGACAAGAAAUCCUUGAGGUAUUUUUAAGGUGUUGCUGUAUAGAUUAGUAUAUUUUAUAUUAGAAGAAGGAAUUUUUAAAGUUUAUAAUUUGGGAAGGAAAAUAUUUAUUUUUGAUAUAUUUAUAUAUUCAACAAUUUUACUAAUAUUUUGUUACAUGUUUUGGUUACAUUCUAUAUAAAUAUAUUAUGUAUGUACUUU